GCGGAGCCUCGUGUUGGUUGGGUCUGCUCCCUGCCUCUACCCGGACUCAGUAACACAACUCCCACAACAAUUUCUGUCGCUUUUUUACGCAUUGUAUGGAGCGUCCAUCAUAUACUUAACCCAUUUACGGAACCGGAACCGGGAUGGCAGCCGGAUUCGGUCCGGUAUGAGGGUGGGAAUGAAUCGGCUCAAGGAUAAAUGGUUAUAAACAAUUAUUUAUAUUCAAUGCUAGCUUUUGAUUGUGACUGACUCGCCGAGAGAGGGAGAGAGAGGUGGGGUGGGGGGGUAUAUCAUGGCCGCUCAGGUCGCCAGCGCCGCCACUCUUAACACUAGCCCGCCUUCCGAACUUAAAAAGCCGGAUCGAGACCCCAAGGAGGAUUCGGUACCGGGAGAUAAGCAGUCAGACAAAAAGCAGCCGGGCUUGGGCAGCGGAUCGCCGGGCCGGGGGGAUCUGCAGGACGGGGCCGACGGUGGAAAUGCAGGGGGAGGAGGGGAACCUGAGAUGAAGAACGGGAAUGGGAACCCGCCCAGGGCUAACAAUAAUAACCAGAAUGACUCUGUCGGACCGGAGGGAAAUAACCAUCCCGGUUUGGUGCAUCAUCACGGCACCGCGUUUCCUCCUCCUUCGUACGGAUAUAGUCAGCACUACGGUCGGGCCCCUUUUCAUCAACAUGGCGGACAACAAAGCCCUGGCAUGGCAGCUGCUGCGGGUCCGGUCGUUCAGUCGAGCAACAUGAUGGAGCCGUAUCAACCUAAUUCACACGAGCAUGGCUUUUCCAACCACCAGUUUAACAAUUAUAACCAGUUUCCGAACAGAACUCCCUAUCCGGGCCAAGCGUACGGUAUGAACUCCCCUCGCAGUACCCAGGCGCCGACAGCUGGGGGGCAGCCAGCUAACGUUAAGCAGCAGCCACCCGCGGGAGGACCAACACCAACAGCAAUGGCUGGAACUUACAGUAAUCAGAGAUAUAACAUUGGGAACCCUCAACCGACAUCCACACCGACACUCAACAAGCUCCUGACCUCCCCCAGCUCUACGCGGGGUUAUCCAAACUACCCGUCUAACGACUACAGCAGCCAGGAGGGCGCUACUAAGGGACCAGCAGACAUGGCCAGCAGCGGGCUGUACGGAGGGAGCAACCCGGGCUGGCAACAAAGAAGCCUUCACCCGUCGCCUAUGAGCCCGGGAAGUGCAGGGCAGCCGCUCGCUAGAAGCCAGCCACCUGGUCCUAUUGACCCAAUGGGGAAAAUGAGAGGUCAACCAUAUGGAGCAGGCAGUCCAUACAGUCAGCAGUCACAGCAAGGGCCUCCCACAGGUCCACAACAGGGGCCAGGUUACCCUGGUCAGGGUUAUGGCCCUCCAGGUCCUCAAAGAUUUCCAGUGGGAAUGCAAGGACGUUCACCUGGAGCCAUGGGUAGCGUGCCGUAUGGUCCUCAGAUGGGAUCUUAUGGACAGCAGGGACCAGGAGGCUAUGGCUCUCAGGGCCAGGCACCGUAUUACAACCAGCCCGGCCAGGCUCCUCACCCGAGCCAGCAGCAGACCCCUUACUCCCAGACCCCACCAGGACAACCGGGGGGCCAGGCGCCUUACCCAGGGCAAACCCACCCUGCACCGACUUCUGCUUCACACACCCAGGGAGGACAACCUUAUCAGCAGCCCCCACAAUCCCAGGGGCCGCUGCCAGGCCCGUCCCAAGGGCCUACACAGUCUCAGCCACCUUAUUCCCAAUCCUCAGCCCCACAAUCUGGCCAGUCUCUCUACGCCCAGCAGCAGGGUCCUCCCAGUCAGGCCCCACAGCAGCCAAGUUCCCAGGAACCCCCAGGAUCACAGGGCCAGUCCAACUACCCAGGGUCCACACAGGGGCCUCAGCAGCCCCCCUCGCAGCCCCAGCCACAGCCCCAGCCACAGCCCCAGCCACAGCCCCAGCCCCAGCCCCAGCCCCAGCCUCCACAGCAGCCACCAGGACACAGCCAACACCCACAGGGCCAGCCUGCAGCGUACUCACAGAACCCUCAGCAGCAGCAGCAGCAGCAGCAGCAGCAGCAGCAGCAGCAGCAGCAGCAGCAGCAGCAGCAGCAGCAACAACAACAACAACAACAACAACAACAACAACAACAACAACAACAACAACAACAACAACAGCAGCAGCAGCAGCAGCAGCAGCAGCAAGCACAACAGUCACCUUAUCAGCGGUUUCCUCCUCCACCACAGCAGGAGGUAUCGCAGGACUCAUUUCAGUCCAACGCCCCUCCAUCCACUCAGCCUAAAUCUGGCCCAGAGGACAGUCAAGGCCGCCCCUCCAGCCUUCCGGACCUGUCGGGGUCCAUCGAUGACCUGCCUACAGGUGCAGAGAGCGCCCUGAGCCCCGGUGUGAGCACGUCAGGUGUGUCGAGCAGCCAGGGCGAGCAGAGUAACCAGGCUCAGUCGCCCUUCUCUCCUCAUACGUCUCCCCACCUGCCAGGCAUCCGAGGGCCUUCACCUUCACCAGCUGGCUCCCCUGCCGGUGCCAGCACGCCCCGCACAGGACCGCUGUCACCUGCCAACAUGCCAGGGACCCAGAUGCCUCCCAGGCCAUCGAGUGUCCAUUCAGAUGGGAGUCUACAUCCUGCAAUGAGCCAGUCUCCCAUGGCGCAGGACAGAGGGUUUAUGCAGAGAAACCCUCAGAUGCCCCCUUAUGGCUCCCCCCAGUCAGCCUCUGCACUGUCCCCGCGACAGUCCUCAGGGGGACAGAUGCAUCCUGGGAUAGGCCCAUAUCAGCAGAACAACUCCAUGGGUGGUUAUGGACAGCAGGGGGGACAAUAUGGCCCACAAGGUUAUCCACGGCAACCUGGCUAUGGAAACAUGCCCAACGCAAACUACACUGGUCCGGGCAUGGGCCCAAUGAAUGCCAUGGCAGGACAGGGUGGGGGACCGCCGUAUGCCGGCAUGCCCCCCGGAAGGAUGCCUCCUCAUCAAAUGGGGCCACGUCCCUAUGGCCCAAACAUGGGUCCAAACAUGGCCCCCAACAUGGCCCCCAACAUGGCCCCCAACAUGGCCCCCAACAUGGCACCCAACAUGGGUCCCAACAUGGGCCCUAACAUGGGCAACAUGCCACCCCAGGUAGGCUCAGGCAUGUGUCCUCCUCCAGGCAUGAACAGAAAGCCCCAGGACCCCUCUGCCAUGCAGCAUCCUGCCACCAACUCCAUGCACAACAGGAUGCCUGGAUACCCCAGCAUGUCUCCAGGAAUGAUGGGCUCCGGCCCACCCUAUGGCCCUCCUAUGAACAACAUGCCUGGAAUGAUGAACCCUCAAGGUGGAUCACCUUAUCCCAUGGGGCCGAACAUGGCCAAUAACUCAAGUGGCAUGGCCCCCAGUCCAGAAAUGAACAAUAAGAUGAAUAAUAAAGUAGAUGGGGGUGCAACACCCAAGCCGGAGCCCAAAUCCAAGAAGUCCAACUCUUCGACCACUACCAAUGAGAAGAUAACCCGUCUGUAUGAGUUAGGACCGGAGCCGGAGAGAAAGAUAUGGGUGGACCGAUAUUUGGCUUUUGUGGAAGAAAAAGCCAUGCCGAUGACCAACCUGCCCGCUGUGGGCCGCAAACCCCUUGAUCUCUUCCGACUGUAUAUGUCAGUCAAAGAGAUCGGAAGCAUGGCACAGGUGAGUAAGAAUAAGAAAUGGCGCGAUCUGGCCACAUCCUUGAAUGUGGGUACAUCCAGCAGUGCUGCCAGUUCUUUGAAGAAACAGUACGUCCAGUGUCUGUACGCCUUUGAGUGCAAAAUUGAGCGAGGCGAGGACCCUCCUCCUGAGAUUGUGACAGACAACAAAAAGAACCAAGCUGCUAAGGUCCAGCCACCCUCUCCAGCUGGGUCAGGCUCUCUGCAGGGUCCACAGACACCCCAGUCCACCAGCAGCUCCAUGGCUGAGGGGGGGGACCUUAAACCUCCCACCCCAGCCUCCACUCCUCACACCCAGAUGCCCCCAAUGACACCCGGGUCCAGGAGCAGCGUUAACCUGCAGGACCCCUUCUCUGAAGGAAGCGACCCUGCUUUCCCCAGGAAAAACCUGACGCCCAACUCUGCCUAUCAGUCCGGCAUGAACCCGGCGGACGUUCAGGGGCGCAUGGGCUCCUUCGAACCCAACAAGGACCCCUUUGGUAACAUGCGCAAAGUCGGGGAACACUUCCUACCAGCUAACCCAGGCCCUAACAGCGGGGUGGGUGACCAUCAGCAGCAGCAACCGCCACAACCACAGCAGCAGCAACAUCAGCCUCCAUUCAACAGAGGACUGCCUGGGGCCAUAGGCACGAUGCCCAUGGGGCCCAGACAGCAGUAUCCCUAUGGACCAGGCUACGACAGGAGAUCGGAGCCGGGAAUGGGCCCAGAGGGCAACAUGGGAUCCGGGGCUCCUCAGCCAAACCCUAUGAUGCCUGCCAAUGCCGACGCAGGGAUGUAUUCGCCAAAUCGCUUCCCACCACAGCAGCCACGGCAUGAUUCCUAUGGUAAUCAGUAUGCUGGACAGGGAACGCCCCCUGGAGGCUCCUACCAAAAUCAGCAGCCUGGAAUGUACCCACAACAACAGGGUUACAAGCGUCCUGUGGAAGGGGGUUAUCCUCCAUCAAAACGUCAUGAGGCGGAGUACAGUGGGCCCUUCCAUGGCGGACAACAACCUCCGCAACAGCAGCAGCAGCAGCAGCAGCAGCAGCCAGGAGGGGCCCCUGCACCCUCUUCAGGACAGCAAGAGUCGUACAAUCAGUACAGCGGCAGCGGGCCCUACCCCGGCCCUGAUCGGCGUCCACCUGGCCCAAGCAAUCAGUUCCCAUUCCCAUUUGGCCGUGAACGUAUGCAGGGUUCGACGGGGCCCAACGCUCAGCCCAACAUGCCCCCUCAGAUGAUGCAGCCAGGCCCCGAGGGUCCUCAGGGAGGUAUGUGGCAGGGGCCGCGAGACAUGAACUAUCAGAACUACCCCGGUCGGCAGGGCGGCCCACCCCAGGGACCCGGUUACCCUGGCAUGAACCGCUCGGAGGAGAUGAUGUCGUCAGAGCAGCGCAUGAAUCACGAUGGCCAGUGGGGGGGUCAGAUGGGCCCUCGGCAGCCUUCUUAUGGUCCAGCCGGGCCCGGCCAGCCAAUGCCUCGCCCGGUACAGUCCACCUACCAGUCCCUUCAGGGGGUGCAGAACCACAUUCCACAGGUGUCCAGCCCCGCCUCCAUGCCCCGCCCCAUGGAUAGCAGGACAUCACCGAGUAAAUCUCCCUAUAUGCACGGAGUCAUGAAGAUGCAGAAGGCCGGCCCUCCAGUGCCUGCGUCUCACAUAGUGCCCCCUCCGGUGCAGUCGCCCCUAAUAAGGCGAGACAUGCCUUUCCCCCCGGGGUCUAUAGAAGCCUCCCAUCCAAUCCUGAAACCACGGCGAAGACUCACCGUAAAAGAUAUUGGAACCCCGGAGGCCUGGAGAGUCAUGAUGUCUCUAAAGUCUGGUUUGUUGGCUGAAAGUACGUGGGCCUUAGACACCAUCAACAUCCUCCUGUAUGAUGACAACAGUAUUUCCACCUUUGAGCUCAAUACGUUACCCGGCCUGCUGGAGUUGGUGGUUGAGUAUUUCAGACGCUGCCUCAUCGAAGUCUUUGGCAUUCUGCGGGAGUACGAGGUGGGAGACCCUGGCCAGAGGACACUACUUGAUCCUGAUGCCUUGAAACGAGACUGGGACAAAGAAGGAGAAGAGCUUCGAGCUGAGGAUAUGGAACAAGAGGACGGAGACGAGGACGAAGAUGAAGAGGAGGAACAAGAAACGGAGGCUCCAGUGCGUGUGAAAGAAGAGGAAGAGCAGUGCUCUGAGUCUCAGGCUCAAGGGGAGAAGACAGAAGAUGAGGACAGGAAGAACAAGGGUUCCUCCUCUGACCAGACGGGCUCAUCGCAGUCCUUAGCUGCCCAUGAAAGACCUCAACAGGCCAGCAAGUUUGACAAGUUCCCUCUAAAGGUGAUACGAAAGAAGGACCCAUAUCCAGCUAAUAAUAAUCACGGCAAAAUGCAAGAGUUUGACAGCGGGUUAAUUCAUUGGAGUGCUGGCGGGGGAGACUCAACAGAGCACAUCCAGACUCACUUUGAGCCACGCAAAGACUUCUUGGAACCACGACAACGAAUAUGUGUGCCCUCAAAGUUGCUGAAGCAACGCGUCCCAGAAGUUUACCUGGAAAAUAGUUUGCUAACUGAUGAAGAGGAAAGGAAGAACCAGGACGAAGAAGAAAGGUCAAAAGAGACUUCUUCCUCUGAGAAAGCUGCGGAGGCAGAGAAGACCAGCCCCUCUCUGGACAAUGAGGAGGAGAGAAAAAACGAUUCUGAGACAAAAACAGUGGAGAAAGUUGAUCACCAGGAGAAUAAUCGACCCAUUCCUUCCCUUGACAUUCUCUUCACCCCGAGGGCAAAGCAGACUGGCAUCAUCCUGGAAGAUGAGCCUCACAGUAAAGACGAGGGGCCACUCAUCGCACUGGCUAACUGGCAGGACUCUUUAGCCCGCCGCUGCAUUUGUAUCUCCAACAUUGUCCGGAGCCUCUCCUUUGUGCCAGGCAACGACCACGAGAUGUCCAAACAUCCUGGGCUGCUGCUGAUGCUGGGCCGCCUGAUCCUGCUCCAUCACAGGCACCCUGAGCGCAAACAAGCACCGCUCACCUACGAGAAAGAUGAGGAUUCAGAAGAGGGCUUGGGCCAAAGGGAUGAAUGGUGGUGGGACUGCUUGGAGCUCCUGAGGGAGAACACACUGGUCACUUUGGCAAACAUCUCAGGCCAACUAGACCUCUCAAUCUACCCCGAGAGCAUCUGCCUGCCUCUGUUGGAUGGUCUUCUCCACUGGGCUGUUUGCCCAUCGGCAGAGGCCCAGGACCCCUUCCCCUCCCUGGGCCCCCACAGUGCUUUGUCACCUCAGAGACUGGUGCUGGAAACACUUAGCAAACUAAGCAUCCAAGACAACAAUGUGGACCUCAUCCUGGCCACUCCGCCAUUCAGUCGGUUGGAGAAGCUAUACGGGAGCCUGGUGCGGCUAAUCGGAGACAGGAAGGUUGCCGUCUGCAGGGAGAUGGCCGUGGUCCUAUUGGCCAACCUAGCCCAGGGUGAUACCGUCGCAGCUCGAGCAAUCGCGGUGCAGAAAGGCAGCGUGGGGAACUUGCUGGGCUUCCUGGAGGACAGUCUGGCCGCCACGCAGCUCCAGCAGAGCCAGAGCUCUCUGCUACACCUACAGGGAAUGCACUUCGAGCCCACAAGUCCAGACAUGAUGCGGCGGGCUGCCCGGGCGCUGCACGCCUUAGCCAAGGUGGAGGAUAACCACUCAGAGUUCACACUACAAGAGUCCCGACUCCUCGACCUUUCAGUGUCUCCCCUUAUGAACUCACUGGUUUCUCAUGUUAUCUGUGAUGUACUCUUUUUGGUGGGCCAGUCAUGACAGCUGUAGGGAGCCUUGGCUCCACAUUUUGGGGGGUUUUAUCCCCAAUCCCCUCUUCCCUGGAAACCUGGCUUGUGUGUGUUAACAGGGCAAGGAAAGUUCAAGUGACUGUCUUUAAUUUAUGAAAUCCUUCAGACUCCAUUCUCUGAGCCCUCCGCAGGCCGUCCUUGCUCGAGGAGGGCUAUCACAGAGCUGUGUGGGAUUACAAAACCGGAGAGAUGCCCACAAAGUGACACUACUUGCAACAGGAAUGCCAACUGGAUGACAUGGAGCAGAGCACAGCGGUUGGGAGACUGUUCUGCACUUGGGGGGAAAAGUACUUUUUAAUAAAGAUGAAUAAAUAAAUAAAUAGCUGAAAAACAAAAACUGUAACCAAAGUUGCUGUCUCGUUUACAGUGAGUUUGGAAGACACAGCGUGCCCUAGCUCUCCCCUCGAGGGCACAAUGAGUCUGUAACUGGUUGACUUUCAGAGGUGAAACAGACUGACAAGUGGCCUACUGGUUAUAGUUGCUGUAGUUGGAUUUUCACCAGUCAGCCCGACAGUAGACUAAGUGCUGUCAAUAGACACCUUCACCGGGGAGGCCUGUGCAGUGUGCAGUAGAUUGUAGGACAUUUUCUGUACCGUACUGCUCUUGAGUGUAAGCAUUCUGUAUCACACGUUUCACAAAGAAGCAGAAGAUGCAGCUCUUCUACAGUUUUUGAGGUCAUUUUUAGUUUGGUGUUAAACAGAAAAUGGCUUUCUUCCCCAAAGUAUCAAGAACCUACAACACCCUUACCUCCUCUUAUCCCUUGAUUGUAUGAAUACCCUUAUGAAAAGAAAUCACCUCUUAGGACUGGUUUUCAACUUCAAAUACAGCUUUGCUGUGGUGUAUAUAUAAUGUUGUACAUUACACUUCCUUUCUCUGUGUCUGUCUCUGUCUGUGUCACUAUUCUCACUCUUGUUAUUGGUGAGGGAUUGAGGCUGACAUGUGAGUGUGGUCUGUGAUCUCCAGUCCCCACCGAUUAGACCCACACCUCCGGUCUCUCCACAGCUCCGUAGUAUGGCAGACACGGCUAAAACUUGUUAUCUCCUGGUACAACAAAAAUAAACUAGAUGAAGUACACAUUUGACAAUUUUUCUUCAGUCAUGGAUUCUGCAUAUUUGUAUUUCAGACUAUGUAGCUAAGACAACAUGUAAAUUCCUCCCUUUCCCUUUUUUGGCUCAAUGAAUAUCAUUUAUUCAGUAUGAAAUCUUUAUACUAUAUGUUCCACGUGGUAAGAAUAAAUGUACAUUAAAUCUU